CCAACCUCCCCCGACUGGACACGGAGGUCCAACGCAGCCGAGGGGAUGCCGCGGUGGCUCAGCUUCACCGUCUUCCGGGACCGGUGUCACCGCCGCGCCUUCCUCGCUGCCGGCCUCCGUCCCUCCGCCACAGCCCUCGCGGACGGCGCCACGGUCCAUUGUUGGGUCCCCGCCCGCCCGGACCCCUCUCGCUCCCCGCUCCUCCUUCUCCACGGCUUCGGCGCCACCGCCAUUUGGCAGUGGUCCGCACACCUACGCCCCCUCCUCGGAGCCGGAUUCGACCUCUACGUCCCCGAUCUUCUCUUCUUCGGCGUCUCCGCCGCGCCCGGUCCCGACAGGUCCGAAUCAUACCAGGCCCAAUGCAUCAUGGCCGCCAUGGAGGCAGCCGGCGUUCGGCGAUUCGGCCUCGUGGGGGUGAGCUACGGCGGGUUUGUGGCUUAUCGGAUGGCGGCGAUGUACCCGACGGCGGUGGAACGGGUGGUGCUCUGCUGCGCCGGCGUGUGCCUUGAGGAGCGCGACCUUGCGGCGGGGCUUUUCGUCGUGUCGGACUUGCGGGAGGCGAUAGAGAUCCUGCUGCCCCAGCGGCCGGAAAAACUGCGGCAGCUCGUCCGACUGUCCUUCGUCCGGCCGCAGCUCGUGAUGCCGUCCGUCUUCCUCCGGGAUUACAUACAGGUGAUGUGCAAAGAUUAUGUGAAAGAGAAGACAGAGUUGAUCCAAGCCGUAUUCAAUGAAAGGAAACAUUCGGACCUUCCAAAGAUAAACCAGCCAACCUUGAUAUUUUGGGGCGAGCAAGAUCAGAUUUUUCCAUUAGAAUUGGCUCACAGAUUACAGAGGCAUUUAGGGGAUAAUUCUCAAUUGGCAGUCAUCAGCAAUGCUGGGCAUGCCGUGAAUCUUGAGAAGCCUAAAGAGCUUUGUGAGCAUAUAAUUGCAUUCUUUCUUGAUUCUCCCCAGGGAAGUCACAACGGCCAGGACGUACCAUCUCCAAACUCUCAGAAAAACAUAAAUUUCAAUCAGGAUUAAUAAUUCUGACAAAAGAAUUUUCAAAAUUUGAGGCUUGAACUUUAUUAUCCAAAUUCUCUUCUGCUGCUUUAAGAUUUAUACGAAGAACAUGUCUGACAAUUGAGAAUGCUUUUUCGUAUAAAUCUUGACCUUAAAACUUUGAUAUAA